CGCAGUCACAGCCCCUCACCAUGGCUGCCACACUCUCCUCCGUGGCUGCCCCUUCCCUCCCCAAGCACAUCCCCGUUACCAGAGCUCAGCAGCAGGCGCCUCCUUCCAUCAUCUCGGCAUCAACUCAGAAGACUGCCUUCCAUGGGGUGUCGCUGGUGGUGGACAGGAGGUGGGCGGCCGGCCACCGGAGAGGCGGCGGCCGGCGGAGGCUGCUGCAGGUGAACGCGAGGACCGCCGCCAAGAACAUCGAGGUGGAGGUCGAGAAGCCGCUUGGCUUAGCCUUGGGCCAGAAGCCCGGUGGUGGCGUCGUCAUCACUUCUGUGGAGUCUGGAGGGAAUGCAGCCAGAGCCGGUCUGAAAACCGGGGACCAGGUCCUGUACACAAGCAGCUUCUUCGGAGACGAGCUGUGGCCUGCGGAUAAGCUUGGGUUCACCAAGACAGCCAUCCAAGCGAAGUCAGACUCCGUCUACUUCGUCGUGAGCAGGGGUGCCGAAGUUGACGUGAAGCGCCUACCUAAGAGGCCGGCGCCACCCCGGUUUGGACGGAAGCUGACUGAUUCACAAAAGGAGAGAGCAACGCACGUCUGCCUUGAUUGUGGGUACAUAUACUUCCUACCCAAGCCUUUUGACGAACAGCCCGACGACUACGGUUGCCCACAGUGCAACGCGCCGAAGAAGCGGUUUGCGAGGUACGACGCUGCCACCGGGAAGGCCAUCGGCGGCGCUCUGCCGCCUAUCGCCGUGAUCGUAAGUUUGGUGAUCGGCAUCGCUGGGGUAGGAGCUCUGCUCGUGUACGGCCUGCAGUAGCCUGCUCGUUCUUGUUCAGAACCUUUUUUUUUUUUUGCUGUGCUCAAGAAGCUCAGCUGACUGCUGCUGUACUCUGUCUCACAAGACAUUCCGAGUGAUAUACAUACAUAAAAGGGAAGAAGGAAAUACACAGUAUUUGAGGCU